CAGCACCACCACCAUUCGGAUGGCUAUCAACGAAAACACAACCGAGUCGUCGUUCCACAGCUCGGGGAAUGGAGGCAGUGAUUCAGCUUCCGCCCUGCGGAUGCUGCUCGAGCAACUGCUGCUCCAAAGUGUCAACAGUGGCGAUGCCAACUUUUUCACCGAAGCCGAAUAUCAAAAGAUAUGUGAAUGUAUCGUGGUACUGCUAGUGGCGGACCAGAUCGAUGCCACGACCAAGCACGAAAUACGCAGCCUUCGUUCGUUGGCAGACAUCAUUACGAAGCAGUUCCAGCAGCUGAUCGAACGGAAAGCGUUCCGGGAGCUGGUGAAGGAUUGUCUAGAAAAGAUGUAUACGGCAGAUGCGCUGUCCGUAAAGAAGCUCCCGUCGCCAUUCGCCACAAUCAUGCUGGCACUGAUGGACCCGAAACAGGGCGUUGCGUGGAUUCUGUCUAAAAACAUGAUCGACGAACAUAUCAGAAAAAUUCUCAACGUUUUCAUCGACUGGCUGUGUAAGAUAAAUUUUGCGCCAAAUUUGAACAUUUGGAUCAUACAGAUGGUGGAAGGCUUGAUGGCUAAGGGCAGAACAAAUUGCAUUUUGAACGUACGGAAGGAUAAACUGAAGCAAUGCAAAGAAGUGAUGCUGCUUCCGCAUUACCAACAGCAGGUUGGUCCCGUGAUCAAUUGUCUGGAAUCGUGUGGAGAUCUGCAAUCGGACAACGUUCGUUUGAACUAUACAUGUAACGAUCGUUAUGAGAGUACUGCGGACGUUGAAAAUAGCUUGAUUCGUUCGAAUGCCCGUGUAGGGCUGGUCAAUUUGGGCAAUACGUGCUACAUGAACAGUGUGGUACAAGCGCUGGCCAUGACAAAACAAUUUUGCACGGAAGUUUUGCUGAAGCAAAUCGACGCACCACCAUUCUCGGAAGUGCAGCAACUGCUUGCCCUGCUGAUCCAUUCACGGCGGCCAGAACUAACUCCACGGGCAGUGCUUGCAUCGACAAGACCACCCGGAUUUGCACCUGGCUAUCAGCAGGAUUCGUCGGAAUUUUUAAGCUAUUUGCUCGAUCGUUUGCACGAGCAGGAGAAAAAACUGUUGCAGGCAGUCCAGCCCCAUAAUGCACCACCGCCUCCGGCGGCCAAUAAUGGUGGUGGUGGAGGGGGCGGCAGUGGCGGUGCCACAGGUACUAGCAAAACCCUAGUACAGAAAACGUUCGAGGGUCAACUUUCGGUCGGCUGUUUGUGUGCAGUUUGUAACAGCUCGAACCACACAAACGAAACGUUCCGUUCGUUGGAUCUGUCUUUUCCGGAUGACAGUGAGCUGUCGCAGGCCGCCGGUGACGAUGGUGCACAUUCGGUCCAGAAGCUGCUCGAUUACUUUUGCUCUUCCGAGAAGCUGGUCGGUGAGAAUCAAUACUUCUGUGAUCGCUGUCAGCAGUUGCGCGAUUGUGAGCGUUCCGUUACGGUAACGGUACCACCACAAAAUCUGAUUCUCACCAUUAAACACUUCCGAUACGACCAGACGCGAAAUUUGCGUGCGAAGCUAAUGAACAAGAUACUACACAACGAGGACAUUUCGCUUACUGUGACGGAUGCGGCGGGCCAUUGCCGUCAACUGCACUAUCGCAACUAUGCCGUAGUCGUACACUACGGUACUAGCAUGGACUCGGGACACUACUACACGUACGCACAAGAUGGUACGGGCACGUGGUUCAAGUUUAACGACAACUAUGUAACGGAAUGCACAACCAGUGAGCUACAGAACAUACCGAGUCCCAACACACCGUACAUUCUCUUCUACCAGCUGGUGGCGAACGGUGCGUCGGAAGCUCCGCAAACCACCGCAACCAGUGCCGGCCAAACGCACGGAUCAUCGUACGGUGAGAUGAGCGGCGUCGACGGUGGCGGAAUGCAGGGAAACUUUCCCGCCUUAAAUGAGCUGCCCACUCGGCUACAGGAAUUUGUGCGCGAUGACAAUCUCCUGUACCACCGGGAAGUGCAGGAACAGCGUGAUAAGAAAGCCUCCAAAAUGCCACUCCUGUCGUUUGGUGGAAGUGGAGGAAAUCGGCGCCAGUCGGACGAUUAUGAUGAUCCACCGCCAAGCUCGUGCGGAAGCAAAUGGUUGCAGUCGUCAAAUAACUUUAUCUUUUAAAAGCUCCACCGUUGCUGCU